GGGCUGGUGAGCGCCUCGGAGGCUAUUCUUUGCACGCCUUGAGGUAUUUUGACAUGGCCACCUGGGAGCCUGGCUGGUGGGUGCCACGCUUCUCCGCUUUAGUGUACAUGGACGACCAGCUCAUAGGCCGCUAUGACAGAGAAACUGAGCUGUGCCUGCCUCAGUCGCCCUGGAUAGAGAAGAUCGGCAAGGAUGAUGCCCACUUCUGGACCAGGAACACAGAGUGGGACUUUGCCUCGACUUCACUUGUGGAUCUGAUGGUUCUAAAGAAUCUUUACAACCAGAGCAGGGGGCUGCAAACCCUGCAGGUGAUCUUUGGCUGUGAACUGAGAGGGGACAAUCGUACCCAAGGGUUUGUGACAUACGGCUACAACGGGAGGGAUUUCCUCAGCCUGAACCAGGAGUCUCUCACCUGGACAGCAAUCUCUGAAGACAACAAGCUCAUCAAGAGGAAGUGGGAUGCCGAGCGGAACCGUCAGCAAUUCUGGAAGUACUUUCUGGAGGUGACCUGUGUGGAGGGGCUGCACACAUACCUACGCUAUGGAAAAGAGGUUUUGCUGAGGACAGAGCCCCCGAUGGUAACAGUGAGAUGCAAGGCAGGGUACGGAGGCCUCGAUUCCCUCAUCUGCCAUGCCCGUGGCUUCUACCCCAGAGAGAUUGAUGCCACCUGGAUGAAGGACGGGGACGUCUGGGAGCAGGACACCUUCCACGGGGGCAUCUUCCCCAACUCAGACGGGACUUAUUACACGUGGCUGAGCGUUGAGGUGCACUCCCAGGACAGGGAAAGCUUCUGGUGCCACGUGGAACAUGAGGGGCUGCAGGGACCACUGGACUUGGCCAUGGGGAAGCAUGUUUCAUCCUCGGGGUCCAGAGUGAGCCUUACUGGGGCAGACCUCAUGGGGGCGACAGCUAGUGCCAUCUUGCUGGGGACUGGAGCGCUCUUCUGAAUCAAGGACCACUGUUGGCGGUGUCGGGGAGGCCACCAUGCCCAGCCACGAAGCCUCAGCAUGAAUUCCCGCUAGCAUGCAAGGAGAGACGCCACCUUGGAUUUACAAAGAGGCUCAGUCCAAAUGCUGCUUAGGACUGAUGGGGACUGAAGAUGUGGGGCUGAGAGGGAAAGAGACCUUGGGGUCAGAGUGGAUAACUCAACGAAGGCUUCAACUCGGUGUGCUGCAGCAGUGAAAAAGGAAAACUCUAUGCUGCAGAUUAUUGGGAAAGGGACUUAGCAUAAAAUGGACAAUAUUAUAAUGCCCAUCUAUAGAUCUGUGGUGCAGCCUCAUUGGGACUCGUGUGUGCUGUUCUGGUCAUCGUAUCUCAAAAAGGACAUUGCGGAGCUGGACAGCCUGAAGAGCCCGGGAUUCCUCAAUUUAGAAAAGGGACAACUAAG